GUCUUUGAUGAAGAGAUUAUCACGAAAUGGAGGAAAGAAAUUGUCCAAAGUGGGCAGGGUUUUACACCAAGAAUGAUGGGCUACAUGAUUAAAGAAGCACAGUGGACGGUGGAAGAGCAUAGAAAGACGGGGAUCGUGAAUGUGUUUGAUGUGGGCGUUGUGGAAUCAGAUACCAUCAUUUCCGAGGAAGAAAAGGAGGCGCUAAAAUCGGCUGUUUGGCCGCUUGAAGAUAUUCCCGAAGAGCUUAUGCGGGUGGAUCGUGGCAUGUCGAGGGACAGCCAUCGCAAGAUUCUCGCUUUAUUCUUGGUAGAUCCGAACAUGAGGGUGAUUUCGUCAGCGAAUAUGCCUCCCCAGCGGGAGGACUGGUAG